GCGGUCGGGAAUUAUUAAAAAAAACCCUAAAUCUGUAUUCACUCAAAGCCGGCGGAGAGGUAGAAGAAUCCGGCGAUUUCUUCCCCAAAAUGUCAUCGUGGAAGGAGAAGAAGAAGUCGCCGCCGUCGGAAUCGGCUCCAGAUCCAUCACUUCCCUAUGAUCUACUAUUGAGCUGCUUCGCACGCGUCUCGAGAUUAUACUACCCGACUCUCUCUGUAGUCUCCAAGAACUGUCGAUCCCUCGUUGCGUCGGCGGAGCUUUACAAGACUCGAACUUUCCUAAACCGCACGGAGAGUUGUCUCUACGUGUGCUUAGAUUUCCCUCCUGACCCUAACCCACGUUGGUUCACUCUCUACCGAAGACCUAAUCAAACCCAGAAGACAGAGUACUCAAGUGGAUAUGUUUUGGUUCCAAUCCCUAUUACCAAUUCACCUCCUGUGGACUACAAGGUUCUCGUGACGGUUGGUUCUAAUAUCUAUGCCAUUGGCGGAUCGGUUGAAAAUGCACCUUCCUCUAGCGUCUCAAUGUUAGACUGCAUGUCUCAUACUUGGCACGAGGCUCCAAGCAUGCGUAUGGAGCGGUAUAACCCAACUGCUAAUGUUGUUGAUGGGAAGAUUUAUGUAUCAGGAAGCUUGGAAGACUCCAAUUCCUCCAAUUGGAUGGAGGUUUUCGAUAUAAAGACUCAAUCUUGGGAGCCUGUGUUGAGCCCUCUUGAUAAGAGAUGUAGUAGUAUAUACACGAGUGCAGUGAUUGAAGGAGAAAUCUACUUGAUUGGGGAUAAGGUUGUGGCUUACAAGCCUGAAGGAGAUAAAUGGGGAGAUAUAGGAGAGCAUCAGAAUAUGGAUUUAGGAGUGUUUUAUCGUUGUUAUUGCGUGAUAGAUAACAUACUUUAUUGUUAUCGUCCUGGUGGAAUCAAGUGGUAUGACUCAGAGAAAAGAUCGUGGCGGCGUUUGAAGGGUUUGAAAGGAUUGUCUACGGAUGCUAGUUGUUGUGUUAAGUUGGUGGAUUAUGGUGGAAAGAUGGCGAUUUUGUGGGACAAGUAUUUACCUUCUGCUGGCUAUAAGAGUCAUACGAUUUCUUGUGCGGUGGUUUCCCUUGGAAGAUGCAGGAAUCAGGAUAUUCGUGGAAAGGUCGAGUGGUUUGAUGAUAUGCUUACAGUCCCUGGCUCUUACAAUUUCGUGGGUGUUCUUGCUGCUACUCUCUGAUGAAUGCCAUACAAGAAAGAUAUAAAAGUAGAGAGAGGUUGAGACGCUCUAUACUGCUUUUUUUCUUGAUAUCCGAACAACUAGAUUAAGUCACAAAACAAAAUGGCCUGGAAAGCUAUAUAUAGAGAGAGGAAGAUGGAAGGUGUAGAUGGCAUUAUAUAAUGCACCUUGACCGGUUGAAACAACAACUUGGCGGGACAUCAAAGUGAGUGGGACUAAAGAACAUCCUUAUUUCUAAGCCCGAGACAAUUGGGCACAAAUGCAAGUGGGAGAGCUCAAGACAAAGAAAGAUCGCGCAUGUGGCCUUAAGGGUUUAAACCCUCUUAUGAGUUAUGACAUGUCACUUUCAACAUGGUCAAAUGUGCAUAUGAUCGUGUAUAGCAUAUUCCUGUUGUAUGUCUUUAUAUAGUUUGUAUCUAGGUUACAAAUCAAGUAAGAAAUGAUCAUCUCUUUCUCGCA